AUGCUUUCGAAUGGUAGCGACUUCUUUGAGGGACUUCGUACGUUUCCACGAGAUGCGGAUGAACUGCGUCGCCACUGUGGCCGCCUGAACUACACGCUGCAGAAGUGCUACUCCAUCUCUCCCGAGCUCGCAGAGUUGGCGCUGCAGCCGCAGAACUCCGAGGAGUUUAACCGCUACUACCGGCAGCAGGUGAUGCGCAUCGUCAGCCACUUUAACACGGCCGCACGCACCCAACUGAGGGUGCGCGUAGAUCCGCGGCUGCCAAAGGGGAUGCACCUCACGCGCAGCGGCGCACCACCAUCUAAAUCUGCCAAGACAGAGAAGAUCACAACAGACCGCCGCGCUGCUCCUGUUGCUGCUGCUGCAUCACCACAACUGGUGAAAAACAAGGCCCCUUUCACAAGACGCAAGGACGCGGGGGACUUGUCUUGGGCUCCUGUGGCGCUGACAGAUACCAAUGCAAAAAACCGCCAGCAGCUGCAUGUAGAUGGGCAGCAGACACCGCAGGCAGCUUCCUCGACGAUGGCAACGUUGCUACACGGCGGUUAUGCCACCACAGACGGCAAGGCAACGGUGUCCUCUGAUGACUCCUCCAUACUCAUGCAGUCGUCGGCGAGGAAGUCGUGCAGGGAGGUUCUCUUCAGCACUCCGCCAGAAUUUAAGGGAUUCACGGUGCCGCUUGAAGCAUCCCCGGCAGAUUCUCUCGUGAGCAAGUCGCCUCUUCUCUUUUGA